AGCAGUCUUUCCCAUAAUGAGCUGCAUCAUCUGAACUGAUGUCACAGCAUCAUGCAGCAGGUCACACAAGGCACCUCCUAGUAUUGCAUCUUACAGAUGUGCCGUAAACAUCAAAAGAGGAUGAUUUGAACAGGACAUGCUAUUUUUGAAAGGAGAAUGGUCUAGACUUUCACACGUUAGCCAUGGAUGUAGCACUGUCUCCCAUGAGAACACAAGAACUGGAUCCGGUGCCAUCUGAUGCCUCUCCCAUGCUGAUAAACAUGACCCCUACAGUGGAACAAGAAGGGGAAGGGGAUGUCAUGAAGGACCUUGACUCUGGCCAGCAGUAUGAAAAGCCUCCUCCUCUACACACCGGGGCUGACUGGAAGAUCGUUCUCCACUUGCCAGAAAUUGAGACCUGGCUUCGGAUGACAUCUGAAAGAGUCCGGGAUCUGACCUACUCCGUCCAGCAGGACUCGGACAGCAAGCACGUGGAUGUGCAUCUGGUACAGCUGAAGGAUAUUUGUGAAGAUAUAUCUGAUCAUGUUGAACAAAUCCAUGCUCUACUAGAGACUGAGUUUUCCCUGAAGCUUCUGUCUUACUCUGUCAAUGUCAUAGUUGAUAUCCAUACAGUGCAACUACUCUGGCACCAGCUACGUGUUUCUGUCCUGGUUCUGAGAGAGCGUAUUCUCCAGGGACUACAAGACGCCAAUGGAAACUACACCAGGCAGACUGAUAUUCUGCAAGCAUUUUCUGAGGAGACUAAGGAGGAUCGUCUUGACUCUUUAACUGAAGUUGAUGAUUCUGGACAGUUAACCAUCAAAUGUUCUCAAAAUUACUUGUCUCUGGAUUGUGGUAUUACUGCAUUUGAACUAUCUGACUACAGUCCUAGUGAGGAUUUGCUUGGUGCUUUGGAUGAUAUGACCUCCAGUCAAGGGAAAGCAAAAUCAUUUGAAUCCUGGAACUACAGUGAGAUGGAUAAGGAAUUUCCAGGACUUAUCAGAAGUGUGGGUUUACUUGCAGUAGCAACAGAUUCCAUUGCUUCCCAGUGUAAUGAAGCAUUGAAGGAAAAAGAAAAUCAUGUACCCCUUUCAGCAGAAGAUGGAGAAGAAAGCAAAGACAAGAAAGCAUCACAUGAUCUCUCACUAGCAUCUCCUUCUGGAAAUUCCUCUCCUUCUAAAGGAUCUUUCUCUGAAAAUGGUGUUUUACCUUCUGACAGCAAAGCAGUUGCCAUAUCAAAGAAUCCAGAGUGCAGUCUUCCACAGCAUGCUGGUGAAAAUAUCAAACACUCUCACUGUGAAAAUUCAACACCUAAGAGGUCCAUAAGAGACUGCUUUAACUAUAAUGAAGACUCUCCUACACAACCUACAUUGCCAAAAAGAGGUCUAUUUCUGAAAGAUGAUGUGUUUAAAGAUUACAUGGAAGCCAAUGAUUUAAAAAGGCAAAUCUCUCAAAUAGUUAAAAAUGAAAUGAGUAGAAGUACACCCUCAUUGUUGGAUCCACCAGACAGGUCCAAGCUUUGCCUAGCUUUACAACCACCCUAUACUAACAGUCCAUCUGCAGUUAGUCAGUCAUAUGACUGUUUAAAUAAAAUCAGUGAUAAAAAUCUUGAUUACACAAUAAAUAACCACUUUAAAGACAGUCCCAUAAUUCUAGGAAAGUCUACUUCCUACACCUGUAAAGAAAAAUCAAAGCACAGGAAGUCUCAUGAUUCUCCAGAGAAAGUGAAAACUGACAGAACACCUGGAAAUACAUGUAAAACAGCUCCAUCAACCCAUGUCAAAAAAAGAGGGUGUUCUUCCCUACAGAAUGGAAUUACUUCUAAUAGCUCUAAGUCUCUGGAGGAGACAGAAACAGAUUCUGCUGCAUCAUCAGAUUCUUGUAACCAGAGAGAUCAAAAUGGGCAAUCACAAGGUAAAACUGAGCCCUUCAGUUCACCGACGUGUAGCCAAAAAAGUGCUUCUUCAGCUGGUUCUGAGCUUUCCAGCUCAUCCCCUCCUCUACUGAGAAGAAAGAAAAAUAAAAGCUUAUCCUCAACACCACACUAUACUCAAAAACCCAGUAAGGACAGCGAGGUGUGGUAUGGAUCUGAUGAAUAUUUAGCACUUCCUUCACAUCUCAAACAGACUGAAGUAUUAGCUUUGAAACUAGAAAAUUUGACAAAGUUGCUGCCCCAAAAGCCCAGAAGAGAAACCAUUCAAAACAUUGAUGACUGGGAGCUGUCAGAAAUGAACUCAGAUCCAGAAACAUACCCGACAUACCAGACAAAAAAGCACAAAAAAAAGGGUAGAAUUUCACCAAGUUCUUCAAGUGAUAUAGUGUCCUCCUUAGGUGACAGUAUUGAAUCUGGGCCUCUCAGUGAUAUCCUCUCUGAUGAAGAUCUUUGUAUGCCUGCAUCUUGCAUUAAAAAAUACAUUGAAGAAAAGCCAGAAAGGACUGCUGCCACUCAGCCUGCUGGGAAUGAGACUUCUCCUUCAAAUAAAUCAGCUUUAAUUCAACAAUUGAUGCAAGAUAUACAACAUCAAGAGAAUUAUGAAGCCGUAUGGGAAAAAAUUGAGGGGUUUGUAAGCAAACUGGAUGAAUUCAUUCACUGGUUAAAUGAAGCCAUGGAAACAACAGAGAACUGGACUCCUCCUAAAGCAGAGACAGACAGCCUUAAACUGUACCUGGAGACACACUUGAGUUUUAAGUUGAAUGUAGAUAGCCACUGUGCUUUAAAAGAAGCAGUGGUAGAGGAAGGACGCCAACUUCUUGAGCUUAUUGUAUCUCACAAAUCAGAAGGACUGAAGGACAUGCUGCAGAUGAUUGCAAGUCAAUGGAAGGAACUACAGAGGCAAAUCAAACGGCAACACAGCUGGAUUCUUAGGGCUCUGGAUAUCAUCAAAGCAGAGAUACUGGCUACUGAUGUGUCUGCAGAGAAUGAGGAAGGGACUGGGAGCCCUAAGGCUGAGGUUCAGCUAUGCUAUUUGGAAGCACAAAGAGAUGCUGUUGAACAGAUGUCCUUAAAACUGUACAGUGAGCAGUACAACAGUAGUAGCAAGCGAAAGGAAGAGUUUGCUGAUAUGUCAAAAGUUCACACAGUGGGAAGUAAUGGCCUUUUGGACUUUGAUUCAGAAUACCAGGAGCUCUGGGAUUGGCUGAUUGACAUGGAAUCCAUUGUGAUGGACAGCCAUGACCUGAUGAUGUCAGAGGAGCAGCAGCAGCAUCUUUACAAGAGAUACAAUGUAGAAAUGUCAAUCAGGCACCCAAAAAAGAUGGAACUGCUUAGUAAGGUUGAAGCUCUGAAGAAAAGUGGUGUUUUACUACCAAACGAUCUCCUUGAAAAAGUGGAUUCAAUUAAUGAAAAAUGGGAACUGCUUGGGAAAACCCUAGGAGAGAAGAUCCAAGACACAAUGGUAGGGCACAGUGGGUUAGGUCCACGUGACCUGCUCUCGCCUGAAAGCGGCAGCCUGGUAAGGCAGCUGGAGGUCAGGAUCAAAGAGCUGAAAGGGUGGCUGAGAGAUACAGAGCUUUUCAUCUUCAAUUCCUGUCUGAGACAAGAAAAUGAAGGAACAAUGAAUGCUGAGAAACAACUGCAAUAUUUUAAGUCUCUGUGCUCCGAGAUCAAGCAGAGGCGCCGUGGGGUAGCCUCUGUGCUGCGAUUAUGCCAGCACCUCCUGGAUGAUCAGGAAACCUGCAACCUAAAUGCAGAUCACCAGUCCAUGCAGUUGAUAAUCGUAAACCUUGAGAGGAGGUGGGAAGCCAUUGUCAUGCAAGCUGUCCACUGGCAAACCAGGCUGCAGAAGCGAUCAGAAAAAGACUCGGAGCCUCUAAAUGUAAUUGAUCCUAGUUUGAUGGAUCUAAAUGGUACAAGUGAAGAUGCUCUAGAAUGGGAUGAAACUGACAUAAGUAAUAAGCUCAUCAGUAUUCAUGAAGACUUAAGUGAUCCUGAUCAGGAGCUCAACAAGGAUGAUCUAAACCAGAAACCUACUCCAGAAGAAUGUGGUGAUAAUGAUGUGAAUGAAGAUGAAAGUAUCAGUAAUCAUGGAAUUCCUCUUUAUUGUCCCAACAUUACUUCCCCUCCAAAUCCUCACGUCUAUCAGGUCUAUAGUCUUCAUAAUAUUGAAUUAUCAGAAAAAAAACAUAUGCCUUUUUUGAAAAAAGCAUCCAGACUCUCCAGUGUAAUGCAGUCUAACAUUUUAAACAAAAGUCUCAGUAAAGACUCAUCAUUUUCAUCUACCAAAUCCCUGCCAGAUCUAAUAGGAGGUACCACAUUGGGAAAACCAUAUAACUGCAUGUAUCAGAGUGGAAACAUAAGCAGGCAUUCUGAGAGUGAGAGUGGGAUAGUGAGUGAAUGUGAUACAGAAACUACAAAUAAUUCAGAAAUUUUUUUGCUAAAUGAUAUUGAAAGCAGUCAGAGUAAUCCUGAAAUUGGGCAUGUGGAAAGCCAAGUGGAUAAUGUAAUAAAACCAAAACUAAAGCAAGAUGAAGAAGAUCAUACUAGUCUUUCAGAUGAUUUCCAGUUGGCUCCUUCUGCAUGUUGUGGAAGUGAAAAUGAUGAGGAUUUGGACAGCAUUACUAUGUCUAACUCUGUUUGUCUAGAAGAAUUGCAAGAAAAACAUGAUGUGUUUACGUUUUAUGAUUACUCAUAUCUUCAAGGCUCCAAAUUCAAAUUACCCAUGAUAAUGAAACAAUCCCAGAUUGAAAAAACACAUACAGAGGGUAGUUUGUUUCAUGACUUUUGUUUUGACAAAAUACCCAGUAAAUUUGAACAUAAAUCUGGAGAGUCACAACCAGAUGGGUUUAUUCAUGAUCAUACUCUGGCAAGUAUACGUGGAGAAUCAGAUCCCAAUUCUUGUAAAUCUGCAGAAACUGUAAGAAAAUUACCUGUUACAGAGAGUACAAGACAGGUUUCAACUUUAUCUCAUAGUUCUUCUUUAGAAUCUCUGUCUGUAGUAGGUGAUUUGUUCAGCUCAGGUAUUUUUAAAAGUGGAGAUGGUCUUCAACGAAGUGCCUCUUUGGAGAGCUGGCUGACUUCCUACAAAAGCAACGAAGAUCUUUUUAGUCAUCAUGGCUCUGGAGACAUAAGUGCAAGCAGUGAUUCUGUUGGAGAGCUCAGUAAAAGGACAUUAGAUCUUUUGAAUCGCUUAGAGAACAUCCAGAGUCCAUCAGAUCAAAAAAUAAAGCGCAGCAUCUCUGACAUAACACUCCAAAGUAGCUCUCAAAAAAUGUCUUUUACUGGGCAGCUGUCUCUAGAUAUUGCAUCUUCAAUCAAUGAAGAUUCAGCAGCUUCUCUCACUGAACUCAGCAGCAGUGAGGAUCUUUCUCUCUGCUCUGAAGACAUUGUACUACACAGAAAUAAAAUACCAGAUUCAAACGCAUCAUUUAGAAAACAUCUUAAUAGAUCUGUAGCUGAUGAGAGUGAUGUCAAUGUCAGCAUGAUUGUUAAUGUCUCCUGCACUUCUGCUUGUACUGAUGAUGAAGAUGACAGUGAUUUGCUUUCAAGUUCCACCCUUACCUUAACUGAGGAAGAGCUAGGUAUCAAAGAUGAAGAUGACGACUCCAGUAUAGCAACUGAUGAGGAUAUUUAUGAAGAAUGCAAUUUAAUUUCUGGACUUGAUUAUAUAAAAAAUGAGCUCCAAACCUGGAUUAGACCAAAAUUUUCCUUGACAAGGGAGAAAAGAAAAAGUAACCUCAGUGAUGAAAUUCAGCGCAGUAAAGAAGUUAGUAAUGAGACAUCAAAAGCCACAGAUACAUUAAGUAUUGAAACACUAUUGAAUGGUUCAGUACAGAAAAUAUCCGAACAUAAUGGCAAUAGUAAGAAUAUACCAUGUGAUUGUGAAAAGGGGACAAAGAGUCACCCAGUGAAAGACAUCUCUCAGGUUGUGAAGGAUCAGCUUGUGGAUGAUAUGGAGAAUGGCAAUGUGGAAAAUACUCUUGACAGUCAAAAGGAAGAUCUUAGAGUAGCAGCAAUCCCCAAAACUCAUGCAUCACUUGAUGUCAGAGAAGCUGAAAAUGAUUGUGGUGUCUGUGAAGCAUUUACAGACAGUUCAGAUGAUUCACAUAUGGAUGGCAAGGAGACUGUUCUGUCCUCAGCUGGAUCCAGGAACUCUGCAAGAGAAUGUCAAAAUCAUCUUCAGUCUGAUCAUCACUCUGUUGCUUCCUCUCCUGCAAAAAAACCUUGCCUUGAAUCUUCCUCAGAAAUUAAUUCUGUAGGCAUACAAGAUACAGCUUUACAACUAUCCUUACCUAGUAGUCAACAGCAUAGAAUAAACAUUACUGAAAAAUUUCCUGAUUGCUGUGCAGUCUUGAAAUCCAGUGAAGCAGAAUGCAACUCAUCAGCCAAUGGUCUUGAUUUGUGCUGUGACUGUGAACCUGAUGAUUUUGAUAGAAAAAACACAGAAGAUGGCUCAGUACACAAUUUUGUGAGGGAGAUAAUAGACAUGGCAUCAACAGCUUUGAAAAGUAAGUCACAACCUGAAUGUGAGUCAUCUGCUCCAGCUUCAUUAGCACAGAUCAAGGAAAAAGUGUUAGAACACUCUCACAGACCCAUACAGCUGAGAAAAGGGGACUUCUAUUCUUAUCUUUCACUUUCUUCUCAUGAUAGUGACUGUGGAGAAGUAAUCAAAUACAUAGAGGAAAAGAGCAGCACUCCUGUGCCACUGGAAUUCACAGAUGAGAGAGAAGAUAUUGAAUGCUUCUUUGAAGCCUGUCCUGAGGAAGAAUGGGUUGAGCAGCAGCAGCAGCAGUCUAUUUCUAAUGAUUCUUCUGAAGCACAAGUUGAGCAGCAGCCUAUUUCUAGUUCUGUUUCUGAAACAUCUGCAGAGUCACUAGGUGAAGUGUCUCCAGAGUCAUUAGAAGUUAAAACUUCUUCUGAAGGUAGGGAUUUAUCUUUCUUAUGUGGGGAUGACAAUGAUAUAAAUAUUCCAAAUAAUAACAAAAAAUGUGCAUCAAGUAAUUCGAAAAAUGCUGAUGAUGAUUUGCUGUUUUCAGAUGGACAAAAUGAAAGUUUGGAAAAGAAUUCUCCAGAGGUUAGCACUAAAAAGAGUAGUGCAGGAAAAUCACCUGAAACAGAAGAGAAAAAAGGAAGUGUUGCUGUUUCUGAAGAAGCUUCAGCUACAGAGUAUGAGAUAAAGCCUGGCCAUUCACAGAAAAAAGAUAGUUUGCAUCAGAACAGAAAAACUCUUAUUUGUGAAGAAAAUCUCCUGAAACUUCAUAAGGAAAGACAUAUAAAUAUGCACAGAUAGGAUGUAACCCUCUCCAGGCACAUAGAUUAUUCUAAAAACAGAAACUUGGCUGCAAUUCAGGUGCAGGUUCAUCCUGUAAGCCCUGGGAUGACCUCCAAUUCCAUUGUAUCACUGCCCUUCAUUAAACUUGACUCCCAAGACAAUUUUUUUUUUCCAAAUGUGGUUUGUCCAUGUUGGCUUUGUGGUCAGGCUGCAUAAGCUGGUCCUAUGUCAGUGAUCAUUUUGUUUUGUAGCAAGGCCAUUUGCUUUCAUAUGGAUUCCUCUCCCAAGCUACCUCUGAUGACUUCCCCUUCCUAAAUUGGAUGCUCCUGUACUACUUACCACUGGUUCUGUUCUUUAAAGUUCUAUAGAAUUCGUGAUCUAUCUGGUUAAUCUUUUUAGAAUUGUACCUGUCAGUACUCUUCUAUUUUAUGUAUCAAAUUUAAUAUUUAUCUGUAUAAUGCAUAAGUUUAUUGACACUAUUUUGCUUUUAAAGUGACUAUUUUGUUGGAUUGCAGCAAAAAGAAGUCAUUGGUCCUCCUGAUUCAGUACACCUAAAAAUUAAGCAGUUUAAAUAAAUGGAAUUUUAUUUAUUUAAUUUAAAAAAUUAAUCUAUGCAACACUUCAAGAAACAACUACAUAGUGUUGUAUAUUAGAAACUGUUGACAUUCUACUGAAUUAAGUAUAACAUUUUGGGUUUUUAUGCUUCUUGAGGUGGUAAUGAGAAAAAAAGUUUUUAAAAAAUGUGUGCCUUGCUGUAUUUCUUAUACCAUUUAUUAAAAAGCUGCUUUCACAGUAAAAUUAUGUUGGUUUGAAAGGAGAAAAUAGCAAGGUUAAGAUGUGUGAAUAAUUUCUGUAUAUAUGUAUAACCAACUGCAAACAUUGAUGUAUAAUGACAGUAUAAAAUGCUUUAAUGUUUGUGAUGUCCAGUGAUGUGGAAAUUAUAAGCCUUAAAACCAUUAGAUUGCAUGGUAAUUAGAAUUGGCAUAAUAAACAUAGUUUAUUGGGGAAAAAAAAUC